ACCAUAGACGCGUCCGAGAGCAUCGUCGUUGCGGGCUCUUUCUAGCUCACCGUCACCGCCAUGGCUUCCUCUCCUUUCCCAGGCCCGCUCGUCCACCUGCAGCCAUGCCUUCUGUCUUUUCCUCUGUCCUUCUCGCGCUCAGCGUCUUGUCUCCCGCUCUGGCGCGGUCCUGGGAGCCCGCCAACGACAUAACAUGGAUCGAGAGGAGCCAAGAACUCCUGGUGAAGCUCGAUACCCCGGGCUUCCCGCUCCACACUGAGUCUAGGGACACUGCGGCCAACGGUGAAACUGCGCCGUCACCUUCAACCGCCUUCGUCUUCAAGCUGGCUCUGGAUGACAGCGGCCGCACGCUUUUGCUCAACGGCCAAGCCAUCUUUCCCCUGCGGGACCCGAACCGCCCUGCGGAUAUCAUAGCAAGCCAGGUCUUUGCCAACAUCAGCGCGGCCGAGUUCCAGACCUUCGAACAAGACUACAUGGUCUCGCCUCAUCGGCUCGACUACGACCGCCUGGAGCACACCACGAACGAUUCUUAUCGAUACUACACGACCCUGAGUCUGGACCUCAUGGGUGCCCAGGCACCGAAGCUGCACAACGGGGUUCAGCCUGCCCGUGGCUUCCUCGACGACAGCGCACAAAAGACUCUGCAAGUCACGUUGGCCGAGCGGUUCCCCUUCCACUCCAGCCCAGGGACCUACCGCAUCGAGAACGUCGAGCUUGUAGACAGGGACCCGUUCUACAGACCACGCCGGCCAGACAACAUCUCUGCCUGUUCGUUGUGCAGUUGGCGUUGUGCUGAUAUCUCCGAAGAGCCGUAUUACCGGUUCGUUUGGCGGGACUAUUUCGACGCGUUCGGUCGGAUAGGCUCGGGACGACACCUCUUCCAGGAGACCCUAUUCGAUAUCUGGCAGCACUGGCAAGACUUCGGAAUGAUCUAUAUCUUUACCAUUCCCUCCGUUCUGUGUGCCGCCCUUUCGAUAUACCUGGCAGUCACGGUCUACAAGAACGGUCUUCUCGACCGCCGUGCUUUGUACCAAAACUGGGUUCGUUACCACAACCGUUGGACGCACCACCCGAUCGAUACAUACGUGGAGGAAGGAGACUUCCUUAUCCGCAAGGACCACGAUGACAGCGAUAGGGACUUGGAAGCCGGAGAGGUCCGCAGCAAUAGCAUCGGGGAAGUGCCGCCGACGUACAACGAUGCCCUUGUGGGCAGCCCUAAGCCUCUGCCUCCGACCCCUGCUGUGACCGAGAACCCGGUCGUCGGAGAAGGGCCCCCGGGCUACGACAUUCGGAUGAAGCUGCUCCCGCCCUCUCCGCACGGCUCUCUGGAAACCGACAACAGGGGCUACUUCGAAAACACAACCACCGAAGAGCGCCCGGGGUCUUUCGAGGAAGAGCAGUACGGCCAAUACCACAGCAGCCACGGAGAUGCUGGAGAGGCUUAAACAGCUGCAGGGUGCGGCCGCUUCAUGGCCACUGAAAAGUCUUUGGUUGCAACUCUCGAUUUACGCCAUUCUUAUUAUUUAUAUGCUUUACGCUUACGACGCGCCAUUCAUUUGAUGCUUAUGCCAACUGGAGCCGGUAAUCUGGUGUAGAACACGACGGCUGAAACACAAUCGUUCAUGGAAGAAGAGUCGGAAACACGAUCGUUUUCAUUUUAGAGGACGCCCUCAUGAGUUCCAACACUGAAUACCCAUUUAGUUCGAAUAAUGCCAUAUACCCUUAAAUAUUAAUACAUAACACAAUCAUUCAC